CGGGCAGAGAGAGGGAGCCGCCCUGCAGGCGACCCCCGCAGAGCCAUCUUGGCUCAGGCCGCCCGGCGCGGCCGCGCCCGAGCGGGCGCGCGCCCUCCGGGCGUUCUCCGGGCGCCGGGGCCUCCUGUGGGGGAGGCUUCCGAGAAGGACGGCGAGGGAAUCUUGGGCAGGGCACCGCUGGCCCGACUUACUCCUACGGGCGGCUCCGCCCCGCGGGCAGCCCGCGCGGAGGGCCCGCCCGGGCAGCCCAAGGGCCGCAUAUGCAGGGCUUCCUGGGCGAGGCGCUGGCCGACCUCCAGCGCGGCUGCGCGGUGCCGCCGGUGCGGGCCUGCGGCCCGAGCCCGCCGCGGCAGCUGCAGGGCCUGGCCGGGGAGGGCGGGCGCUACAACGGCGAGGAGCUGGCGCGCCUGCUGGCGGUGGUCGGCGAGGAGCUGGGGGCUGCCGCCCGGGGCGUGCCCAAGGGGCCCGCGGACGUGGGCCGGCUGGUGGAGCUCAUCAGGCAGGCGACGGAGGCGCUCGUCUGGGGCGAGCGCCACGACGUGUGGCUGUUCGACAUCUUCUGCGAGCGGCAGGCGCUGGCGGCCUUCGUCGGAGCGCUGUCGGCCUCCGGCACGGAUCCGGCCGUGCGGGUCCAGCUGCUGCAGACGCUGUCGAUCUUGGUUCAGAACGCGCGCCGCGAGACCUCUUUUUAUUACUUGCUGAGCGGUGGCCACCUGAACUCGCUCUUGUCGUGGAACCCUGACCUCCGCGACGAGGAGGUGUUGGCGUACUACGUGACCUUUAUGAAGAGUCUCGCGCUACGCCUGGAUGGUGAGACUGCACUCCUCGUGCUGGACGGGCACAAAGAGAGCGACGGCGAGAGGACCUUCCCACUGUUCGAGCAGGCAGUGAGGUUCACCACGCACCGCGACCAGAUGGUGCGGACAGCAGCACGGACCACCGUCCUGAGCCUCCUGGGCAUCAGUCAGCCUCAGGUGCGCGGCUGCGUCGUUCGAGCGGCUUGCCGUACGCUCUCGCCCAGCCUGACCCACGCCUUGCGCACUAACUGGGGCAUUGCGAGCGCGGCGCUGCGGCUGCGCGAUGCGGAGGCGCUGCAGCAGUCGCUAGAGGCGGAGGAGGACCUCCUGGGGCUGCUGCACGAGCUCUUCCUGCUGAACGUUGGCGAGGUCAGGGACUCCAUUGCGAGCUCCGUGUUCACGGGCGGGCUGCUUCCUCUGCUGGGUGCCCUCUCGCCGCCGAUCUUCUACCCGGACGGCUGCGGCCAGCAGAGGCCCGACGGGGACGAGGCCUCGCUCGAGCGGGCGCCCGAUAGCUUGGCGGGCGCCUGGUUCUACCAUGGGCAGACUUCGGGCUACCACAUCGUCGAGGUCCGGCCCGGGCAGCUGCGGUUCGAGGAGCCGUCCAGCGACGGCCGCUGCGUGCGGGGAGACCUGCGCGCCUGCGGCGAUUGGCUGCAGGCACAGGUUCGCUUCGACGACGGGAUGGAGCACGGCUGCAUCCGCCUGCGCCUCGCUGACGGUCUCCUGACCUCCAACUUCCGGGGGCGCGGCUGUCCCGACUGGGGCGAGGACGUCCUCGCGCACAGGGCGGGCGCGGAGGCGGACCGCAGCUGCGCCCAGCGGCUCGGCCACCGCAGGGCGCCCGGCAGCUGCGGCGGCUGCCGUCUGCCGCUGGACGGCCUCUUCGCCCGGCAGCCGAGCUGCGGUUCCGCGGGCGACCCGCACAGGUCCGUGCAGCAGGCGCCCCCGCCGCCCGCGCAGCGGCGUCUGCCAGCGCCCGAGCCGCCCGCGGUUGCCAUCGCGGUGCGCGCGGUGGCCGUCUGUGUGCGGGCCCUCGGCUCGCACAUCGACGUGGUGAGGCCCCUGGCAGAGACGCUGCUGUGGCCGUCCAUUCCCUCCGCCGUCGUGGCGGCCGUGCACGGGCAGGAGGACGGCAUGGAGGAGGAGGAGGAGGAGGAGCCGGGCGCGGCGGCGGCGGUCUCGGGCCUCGUGGGCUCCGCGAGCGCCAAGGCAGGGCUUGGCGCGGGCGCCGCUGCGGCCGCGCGCCACGAGGCGCCCUCGCCCUCCGUGCUGAUUGCGAACCCGUUCCGGGCCGCGGUGCUGGAGCUCCUCGGCGCAGCCGGGCGCGGCGGGGCGCGGCCCGAGGCGCCCCUGGCCGCGUGGGCGGUCCACGAGCUGCUGGGCUCGCUGCCCCCCGAGGUGCUGGAUGUCGCCGGCCUGUGCAGCAGCGGCCUCGACGUGCACAGCGUGGCGCAGCCGACGUGGGCGGCCCAAGAGUCCAGGACGCUCCUGGUCGAGCACGUCGUGAGCACCGUGCGGGCGCAGCCGGGCCAGCCGCGCAUCGCUCAGCGCACGUUGGCCGCUCUCGCGGUGGCCGUGGCGGCGGCCGCCUCGUGCUCGAACGCCGAGCGUCGCCGCGCAGCGGCCGUGGCCGCCUCCGCGCUUAGCCGCGCCGGCGCGAUGCUGCGCGACGCGGCCGCGGAAGCGGGCCGCAGGCUACAGGAGGGCUCCCCCGACGAGGCCGCGGGGCUCGUGCGCUGCUUCCUCGAGGAGUGGGAGUGGCAUCGGGCAUGGGCCUGGCGCCCGGAUCUGCCCGCCUGCGGCAGUGCCGAGAGCCUGCUGCAGUGCAGCGCGGAGCAGGGCGGCCUGAGCUCGUUCGUGGAGGCGGGCGGCGCGGCGGCCAGCCGGCCCCUGCUGCGGUCGCUGCUGACGCUGCUGCAGCUGAAGCAGGACCUCGCGGCGCUCUGCAGCAGGAAGGGCGCCGUGGCCGAGGAGGUCAUCCUGGGCUCGGACGAGCCCGCGUUCGAGGAGCUAUGCCCCCUCUCCGCGGAGCUGGAGGUCGGCACGGGCGGCUUCGGCGCGCGCUCCGCCGCGUGGUCCUCGGCGCCGGCGGGCCCGGCGGCGGGCGCGGCCCCGCCGCUCCCCGCCUCAGUGGGCCACCGCCCGGCGGCGUGCGAGGUGCAGCCGUGCUCGAGCCCGCAGGGGGAGCAGCUGGAGAUCAUGAUCCAGCCGACCUGGGUGCAGGUCUCGGACCAGCUCGACAGGGCCGCGGGCCCUGCCGUCCGCAUCCGGGCCCCGGUGUGGCGCGUCUCCGCCGCGGCUGUCCCCGGCGACAGCCUGCACCUGCUCGUGCGCGUCCACGGCGGCGCCAAGGGCGGCGGUGGCCAGAGACAUUCCGCCCGCGGUGGUGCCGAGGAGGAGGUGCGUCUCCGCUUCGCCGACGUGGGCGCGCGGGCGCGCGUGCUGGACCAGCUCGAGGCGCGCCGGCGGCAGGAGCUGCAGCGCUUCCUCGGGCAGCUGGGCUCGUUCGCGGAGCGGAGUGCGGUGUUCGUGGCCACGGCUCCUGCCGACUCGGAGGAGCCGCUGGGCGGCGCGCGGAGUCCUGCGGGCAAGCUCGGAGGCAAAGCGGCCACGAUGUCUCGGGGGGCUUCUGGCGGUGCCGCCUCCGAAUUCCCGCAGGGCUGCGCAGGGUUGCCACGGGCACUUUCCUUGUUGCUACCCUGCGUGGUACCUGCACCCACUUCGAUCUUUGAGUAAAUGUUAGGGUCACCUGCCGUUGAGCACAGGACUCACUUAGCAGGGCAGCGCGCUUUACGUACAGAGUAAAAGGGGGUAUGUGGGAGAUGAGUGUUGGAGGUGCUGCUUGUUUUUGUUGAUGCGCAUCCGCUGGCUAUCAGCCAGCCGCUAUUUCUAGGGAGUUGCCAGCCCACUCACGGUCUCAAGGAAGCAGGUGUGCGAGGAUGGCGACGCGCAGCGGAAUGCACCGAGGGGUGACGGCGGGCAGGCAGUUGAUGAGUACGCUUGGCUAGUGGACAUGAAAGUGUGUCGGCCCAGCGGGCCAUGCUCCUGCCCGCGGCUCCGCGAGAAAA